AUGGUCGAAAAUCGACCAAAAACCGUCGCGAAUCGACCAAAACUCACCCUGCGACGCAGAGAACACGAAAAACGAGGAGAGCGCCCACAGAUGACGAGGGAAACGAACGAAAAACCGCCGCACGGCAACUGCACAGCCAGCUGGACUGAGGAGCUGGGGCCGGGCUCCGCUUUUAUUCCAACCAAAAACAUCUUCUCCAUGACUCCGCCCUUCUCGCCACCCGCCCGAUUGUUUUCGCGGAUUGUAAAAUGA